AUUCAUUGCAACAUUCAGAAAAGGCAGGGUGCACUUUGAAAAGGCAGAGGGAGAACUGGGAGGAAACUAUUGGGAAGAAGCAAGGGCCCUUGUAGAGGCUCAGGGAUGAGAUACACUUUGCAGGGCUCCACUGCCCUGCUUCUUCUGUGUGUGCUUUGCACUGCACAGAAAGUUCAAAAUGGCUGUGGUCCACCACCUAGAAGAGAUCGUGAAGAACUUUCAGACCUGUCAGUCAAGGAUUCCUAUUCACAUGAUGAACAAGUGCUGUACAACUGCCGACCUGGGUACAUAAAAGUUGGACGCUUUCGAAUGCGAUGUAAUAAUGGAAGAUGGGAACAAAUGCCACCUUUCAUUGAAUGCAGAAGAAAACCUUGUGGAAAUCCUGGAGAUCUGCAGUAUGGCUCUUUUGAACUUGUGGAAGGAGAAGAUUUUUCCUUUGGUGCUCGAGUUGUGUAUCAAUGUGAUGAAGGUUAUAAGAUGCUCAGCCAUACAAAUUACCGAGAAUGUCGGGCAGAUGGAUGGAGCAAUGCUGUCCCCCAUUGUGAAAUAACGAAGUGUUACCCUGUAACAGAGCCAAAAAAUGGAAAGAUCCUUAUGACUGGAAUAAUGGAUCUGGAUCAAGAUUUUCUUUAUGGACACCUACUACGAUUUGAAUGUAAUGAGAACUUCAAAAUCAAGGGCUCCAAUCAAAUUGUUUGUACAUCUGAUGGAAACUGGAGUGAAGAUGUACCAACAUGCAUCGAAAUAACAUGUGAAGCAGAUAGUAUUGCUCAUGGCAGUAUAAGAACUUCAAAGACCAUUUACAAGAAUGGUGAACGAAUACAAAUUGACUGUAAAGUAGGCUAUAAACCUGCAGAUAGAGAUGAAGCAACAUGCACUCGAGAUGGAUGGAAUACAAGACUUGAAUGUAUAGAGAUUGUAUGUUCACCACCACAAAUUCUUAAUGGCAACUUUGAACCAGAGCAGUUGCAGUAUGAAUAUCAAGAAUCAAUCGAUAUAUUGUGUGAAGAUGGCUACAAGAGCAGUGGUACCUCUGUGUGCACUGCACGUGGCUGGCACCCUCCUCCAACAUGUAUACUUAACCUGUGUGGAUAUCCUCGUAUACAGAAUGGAAGAUUAUAUUACGAUGAACCAGAAACACAGUUUCCAAAGAGAGUGAAUGACUGGCUUUACUUCAGAUGUAAUAGUGGUUUUCUGACAGCAGAUAAAAAGGAAUGGCAAUCAAUAACAUGCACUAAAAAUGGUUGGAAUCCAAAACCCAAAUGCUUCAAAAAGUGUAUUCCACAACAAAUUCAACAUGGUAGAUUAAUCUAUUCAUGGAGUACUGUAUUCAUAGAGGGUGAUGAUAUUUCAAUUCGUUGUGAUAGGGGAUACUAUCCUGAAAAUCAGCAAGCAACAGUCAAAUGCACAAAAAAUGGCUGGUUACCCACUCCAAGAUGUAUUGCUCCAGUAGAAAUUCCACGUGGAUGUAAAAAUGUCUCUCCGUCUAAUGGCUUUUUCAAUGAAAGAAGGACUGAGUUUUCUCUUAAAGAGUAUGCACGCUAUAGCUGUCGGAGUGGCUACACAACUCCUAAUGGAAGUCCAGAGGGAGAGACACAGUGUCUUGAAACAGGAUGGAGCCCAGAGCCCAAGUGUAUCAAAACAUGCCAAAAGCCAUUUGAAGAGAAUGUUGUCUUUGAGACAACCCAAUCAGUUUUCUUGUUCAAGGAAACACUUCACUAUGAAUGUAAAGAGGGUUUUCAAACCAUGAAAGAGACCAUAGAUGACCGCAUCCAAUGCACAGAAAAUGGAUGGGAUCCAAAGCCUCUAUGUCUGUCCAUAGAAUGUGAUGUCCCUCUUCUGGAGCAUGGAAAUAUUCAUCCAAGGACAGAGAAAUAUGUGAACAGAGAUGUGGUGAAAUUUUCCUGUAACAAAGGAUACACAAGAGUUGGGCCUGAUGCUGCUCAGUGUUAUCACUUUGGAUGGUCUCCACAGCUUCCAGUUUGCAAAGAAAAAGUCAACAGUUGUCAGCAACCAUUUAACAUUUCAAAUGGCAUUGUUAUUGGUGAUCUUAUCAGAGAAUACCAACAUGGUGAGAAAGUGGCUUAUGAAUGUGAUAUUGGAUUUGCAAUGACUGGAUCAAAUACAGUAGAAUGUGUUGAUGGAGAAUGGACGUCUUUGCCAUCAUGCACAGAGGAAGUGAAAACCUGUGGACGACCUCCCGCUAUUUUACAUGGAGAUCCUGUCAGUGUCGAUUCAAACAAAUAUGGGCAUAAUGAUACUGUGAACUAUAACUGCAGAGAAAAAUUUUUCAUUGUUGGUACCAAUCCAGCCAGAUGUUUUCAUGGAGAGUGGCAGUUACCAGAAUGCACUGAAAAAUGCAGACAUCCAAAAGACCCUCUUUCAGAGCAGUUUGUGAACAAUACAGUUGUAAACUACAGCUGUGGUCCCAACGUGCAUCAGACAAAGUGUGUUAAUGGGAAAUGGUCACCUGAACCUGAAUGCAAAGAACUUUGUCCACUGCCACCACAGCUUCCAAAUGCUAUCAACAUAACAGAAAUAAGAAACUACAAAAAUGGCGAAGAGGUGGGCUUCACCUGUAUGGAAUAUUUCCGUCUUCAAGGGCCACCAAAAAUAACUUGUGAAUUUGAUAGAUGGCAGACACCACCACGCUGUGUUGAUCAAAGAUGUGGAGAUCCCCCUCCCAUUGAGAAUGGUCAAAUAGAAAAUGGUACCCAGAGAAAAUAUCUUCCCGGUGAAACUGUGACGUAUCAUUGCCAAGAAGGUUUUAAAAUUACUGGAUCUCCUACUGCAAGAUGUGAAAAUACUGAGUGGUCUCAAUUGCCAACUUGCAAAGAAAUUCCAUGUAGGAAGCCCCCCAUCAUUGAACAUGCUUCAUAUCCUAAAAGGAUAAAAAAUUAUUAUCAGCCUGGAGAAACAGUCAAUUAUGAGUGUCAUGAUGGUUUUGUUGCUGAAGGACCCCUGACUCUGACAUGCCAACGAGGUGAAUGGUCACAACCUUCCACCUGUGAAGAUGCAACCUGCAGAGAGCCCCCAGUGGUUGAUAAUGCUUCUAUUGUGGAGGACAGAGCAGAAGUCUAUCUACCUGGGCAAGAGUUGCAUUACCAAUGCUAUGAAGGUUUUGAAAUAUCUGGACCAGACACUAUAAGGUGUGAAAAUAAAGUGUGGUCAGAAUCACCCACAUGUGAAGAUAUCAGAUGUCCUCCUCCACCUGACAUUCUUAAAGGUCGGAUUAAUGGACAUAAAAAACCAAACUAUUUGCCUGGUGAGAAGGUGCGCUAUCGCUGCCUCCAAGGAUACAGUGUUGUUGGUUCUGCUGAAAUAACAUGUUCAAAGAAACGAUGGACAGGAGCACCACAAUGCAGAGAGACUGGAGGACAAUGUCAACGUCCACCUUCUAUUGAAAAUGGAGAUAUUACUGAAAUGUCUAAAUCAGCAUAUAACUCAGAUGAAGUUGUGCAUUACAAAUGCCAACGUUUCUACAGAAUGGAAGGCAAUCCAGUAGUGCGCUGUCUCAAUGGACAUUGGUCAGAAACACCAAGGUGUACAGUUCCAUGUACAGCAAGUCAAGAAGACAUGCAACGUAACAAUAUAAUGUUCAGGUGGUCAAGAGAUGAAAAAAUGUAUUCGGAAGCUGGAGAUCAAAUAGAAUUCACCUGUAGGUGGCCUUAUGGUCCAGCUCCAUCUUCCCCUCCAUUCGUAGUACGAUGUGUAAAUGGCACAUUUAAAUACCCACAAUGUAUAUGAUGUGUACAAAUACAAGGAAUGGGGAGAAGCUUAACAACAGAGAUUUUUAACCAGCAUGCCAUCAUUGGAAACCAUAGAUCAACUAUCUUUAAUAGCAUAAAAUUACACUAUAUUUUGCAAAUACAUUUUUCAAAGAUUGUAAGCAGCUACUUUUAAUGGAUUGUGAACCUUCUGCUCUACAUAUACUUCACAGAAUAUUUAUAAAAGAUGAAGUUAUAAGAAUCAUAGGCCAUGUCCACAUUUAAUAUUUGAAAGAAGGCAAAUCUAUUGAAAGAAGAAGGGGGAAAAUACCCAGAAGCUGAGAAUCCAUGUACUUUGCAUGAAAACUAGCAAAGGGGACUACCAACCCUAAACAAUACAGUAUAUAAUUUCAGCAGUUACUUUUCAUCUGUAAGAAUUUUGUUUAUGUUGAAAAAUAAAAAGUACCUAUUUGCAAAAA